AUGGGUUGUCUCUGGUACUGCUGCCGCUGCAACUUCGGCCCUCACAACCUAGCACUCCACGAAGCCUGCAUUCAGUGCGGAGUGGCUCGCUGCAAUCGCUGCACUCAAGAGAAGAUCUCUGACAACAUGGCCGUCCACUCCCACUCUCACACCUGCGACAUCACAUCACCAUAUCCCGCCGCUGUCCCCAUGAGCCCACCUGCCUCUCCAACCUUCAAGCCCACAACGAUGUCUAUAGUUGUACCGGAGCUUCCACGGGUGAUGGCACUCCCACGACCAGAGCACACAGGCGUCUCGUCGGGCUCACUAGGCGGAACACGGACACACGGCGGUACUCACAUGUACAUUUGCUGCAAAUGUCAAGACGGCCCCAAGAUCUAUGAGGUCCAGCCUCAGUGUGUAAUGUGCAAUCACACGGCUUGUGGCAGCUGCGCCUACAUCAAGUGA